UUAAGCUUUAAUUUGAUGUAAUAUAAGUGCUAAUUUGUGAUAAUUUUAUGUCAUGAAAUCCUGUUUGAAUUUUGACGUCUUGAAAUCGGUCAUUUGAUAGGAAAUAUGGUCGGCUACUUUUCCAGAGGAAAGCCGCUUUCUCUCAGAGGAGGGAAAUGAAUUUCCCUCGUCAGAAACAAUUCGUACGGCCCUGGAUGCGCGCGUACAGCCAAGCGUGCAUUGGCACACCCGCUAUCGAUCAGUCGCGUGUUAGUCCACCGUGACAUGGAGGAUCUCCUGCUGCAGAUCGUCCGUGAAUCGAACAAUGCGAAGCUACAAAAUCUACGAAAAUCGGCGCAGGAAGCGUACGAUUUUUUGGAAAAGCAGCAAGGGUUGCUACGCGAUCCGCCCCACGAGCUGCGAGCGAAAUGCCUGCACACCUUUCAGCUAGCACUAGAAACGAAGAGGAGCAAAUUCGUCGCUUUCGGCCUCUCGGGAUUACACAAAAUGUUAAGAGACGAUAGAUUCCAAUCGCCCUACGAGCCAGAGGACGAUUCCCUUUGGUUACCCGCGCAAAUGUUGCACGCUAUGGGUUCCAUAUUGUCUCAAUCGGACGAUACCCAGACGGACAUGCUUAAAGUUUUAUUGCAAGUCGCUUGUUCCUCUUAUUGGACGAUGAACGGUCGUUUGAUAAUCGCCAUUCUCACUACCUGCUGCGAGGCUUUCGAAAAUGGAAAUCAAGCAGUGAGGACCGCGGCCCAGGCAGCUACCAGUCAGACCUUGCGAUCUUUCUGUUUAUUCUUAGACGAGGAGUGCCAGGAGAUGGACGAAAACGCGAAGAAGAAUAAGAACCUCUGGGAGAGAGGUGUCUCCUGUUUCAACGAGGCCCUCCCUAUCCUCCAGUACAUAUGCAGCAAAUUGGACGAGGCUCAAAAAAAAUCGUGUUCCAGUAACGGAAGGAAUGGUAAUACGGUGGUGUUCCUGCUCGAAUGUUUGCACACGUUGAUCUCUUCCCUACCUCAGAAGAUCCAUACGAACGCACACUUCACCACUUUCCUCUGGCAAAAAUUCUGCCCCGCAUUGAUCGCUUUCCUGGGCACUCCGAGGGUGGACAAAACCUUCACCUCCAGAGAGGGAAAGGAGACUGAACUUGGAAGAGGCUCUGGGUACCUGGCCACGUCCCUGAGUUUCGACAGCCAUCAGGCAAAGACUGUUUAUAGCAUUGGAACGGAAUUGGUGCGAUUGGUUGGGUGCGUGGGUUCCCUUCGUCCAGUUCUGGAAUCGGUAUUCCACAGAAUGUUGCUUUAUCCUCCGCCCCAGCAACGUCUGGAGCCUCUGAAGGCUCUGAAAGAACUCCUCCGUAGUCCAAGUCGAAUGGUGGACUUCGCUGGACCAUUGUUAAUAGAAGAAGACAGAUCCAGUCAUAUUCAAAGCGACAUGGCAUUGAUGAGACUAGCAAUGGAUUCCAUCGAGGAAUCAACCGCCGGUGGUCUGAGUAUAUUGCACGCAAGCGUUUCUUGCGUGGUCGCGAUGCUCUCGGCUCUUCAGGAAUUAUGCGAAGGGAAGGCGAUUAAUCACACUUAUACCUGCACGAUUAAUAGUUUGUACGAAGACUUGGAGUCUUGCGAUUACAGAGGACCCCUGACCUAUCAGAGUAUGGCACGUUUGCCGAAAACGUACAGAGAACAAUUGGAGUUGCUGAAGAAGGGAAUAGGCUCCGAUUCCGAGUCCUCGGGGCACGGACCAUCGGAGGACGGCGAUUCCACGGACACCGAAGGUCCUCAAAACGAAUCGGACGAGGUUCAAGAGGAGAAUAGUUUAGAAGACAAUGAUUAUGCGAUCGAGAAUGAAAGGGAAAGACUGAGAUUAGAAAAAUUGCCUAAAUGCCUUCACGUGGGUCGACAAGUGGCCGACGAGUGUAACGUGGACGUGGAGAGGCACAACGCUAGGAAGUUCGUUAAAACCCUUAAAAGUGAUCUAAUUCCAAUGGUGCUGAGUCUGAGAAGUAACAUAGAGGUUGAUGAUGCUUUGCAAAAUUUUGCAUCUGAAUAUUGUCAAGGAGUGUUCGCAGCUCAGCAGAAGAUCCAAGAGCAAACGGACACCAGUACUGAUUCGUGUGCCUUGAUCACGAUCAUGAAUGCCGAUGGGAUCUAUUUAGCCACCUACGCCGCUCUGCUCCUCAAUUUAAAAUUAAUUAGGAUCAAUUAUUAUAACGAAGAAAGUCGUCAAGUUCCUAUUAGCGAGGAACAAUUCGUAGAAGAAGUUCACGGAUCAGGUGUCCUGGUGUAUCUAUCAGCAACGUGGCUGUCCGAAUUAUACCAACAAGUGUUGGCCUCCAAUUUGCUCGAGAAAUGUGGCUACAAUCCGCACGACACAGAAAACAGCGCCUUGAUUAACGUGCUAACUGACGUCGAUGAGAUACCUGGUAGCCACAGAGGAGGACAGCUUCUGUCUGAUUAUAUAAGACUGGAGAGAGCUCAAUUAUCCAGGACAGAGCCUACACCGGAAGCUGAAGCUGGUGCUAAGCUUUCUAGAAGGGUGCUGACUUGUUGCUGGGGAAGCAUGAUGACUGUUCUGACGAUAGGGUUGAAUCCUCCAAAGGAAGAGAAUAAUAAAGGAAUCCUUAGCAGAGACGGUGGCAGAAGAGGGAUCAGGGACACUGUUGUACUUUCUUUGGAAGGUCUUCACAAGGCUGCAGCUUUGAGCAACAUCCUUGGUUUGCAAAGUCGUUGCGGCUCGAUCUUUGCCCUCCUAGCAAAGGCUGCCUGCACAGAGCAGUCUAUAUCGAAAAUCACAAGGACGAAGGAUGUUCUACGUUUGAAACUUCAAAACAGAGCUACCAAUAUCCACACCUCGCAUGCAUUGAGCAUGGACGUAUUGUUAGGAAAGGGUUUAGAGCUUGGGAGUCAUGGCAGUGAUUGCUGGCCACAUGUUUUCACAUGUUGCUUGUACGUAAGCAAACUGGAACACGAUUUCUUCGGGAGGAAUCAGAACCCAUCUUUGCCCAAAACUCAGCAGAAGAAAGAGAAGAAGGAUAAGGAUUCGAAUGGUGAUCCAAAAGGAAGUCAAGAUCGACUGAAGCAUAAUUUCAAUAUCGUUGAUGAAGAAGAGACUUGGGUCGACGUCUACAGCUUUUUAUCCAGUCGUUACACACAGAACCCUAGUUCGGACACGAUUCCAGAAAUAAUCCAGGAAUCCAACGCAGACAGCCAAUUCAAUGGCAUCCUACCCGCAGACUAUGCAGCUAAAAUCGUCUGCGUGUUAUCUCAACAAGUGGACAGACUGUUCGAAAACGCAGCCCUCACUCUGAAUCUUCGAGCAUUGUGUCUGUUCCUCACUGCCCUCUGCAAGGCUAGCAAGGCUCAAUUGUUCAAAACCACGGAUGGUUCGAAGGAUAACAAGAGAUUCUGGUGGAGAAGGAGCAAACCCAGAGAGAACGAGAUGAAUGUAUUGCUAUUAGCCCGAUUGGGAGAGGUGAUGCUGAAGUGCGUGAAGAGUGGGCGACCUUUGAUCCACGUAAUGAGAGUCUGGAGCAUCUUAGGGCCACAUUUCAUGGAGGCUGCUUGCCACAAGGACCGUGGUAUCUCUAAGAAAGCAGUUCAAUGUAUUCACGACAGUAUGUCUACAUUGCUGUACGAACUGAUGGAACUGCCACAUUUCCAUUUCAACGAGGCGCUCUUCAAGCCUUUCGAGAACCUACUGUGCCUAGAAUUAUGCGACAGCGAUGUACAGGACCAGAUCGUCAGCUGCAUCUGCGAGUUCGUCGAGACGAACGGCACCGAGAUCCGCUCAGGCUGGCGGCCCCUCUUUGGGGCUCUCCGUGUAGCUUCGGUCGGUAAUUCAGAUUCCGUCGAAUCCGCCCCGCUGCUGGAGGUCUUUAGGGUCUUCCUGUCGAUGGACAACACGCUGGUGUUCGCCAACGCGGCGCUAGAUUGCAUCCUCUGUCUGUUGAGGCACGUCCGGGGCAUCGGGGACGCCGAUGGUCACCAGGAUGACCAGGAACCGAUAGACGUAGCCGAGUCCAGGAGGAUGAGACUGUGCGUAGAGAGUCUAAAGUAUCUGCUAAGCUGCAGCGAUAUCCUAGCCUCGAUGUACGGGAUGCCAGCCUGUCCGAUAUUCCACUCGGCCCAGAGGAUCCAGGUCUCCACCAUUCCCCAAUACGUGGACCCAACGAUACCGAAUUCGGAGUUGAUACGAUUCGACAAGCACGCGGAAUCCAUGCAGGAGACCAUACCCGAGAGACCCCACGACGUUCUGAUGGACAAUGUUCAUACCGUCACCACGUUACAGAGCAUGGACAAGCCCAGUGGUAUCCUGAGGGUCUGGUACAUCCUAAUAGAGGGUCUGGCCAGUGCUACCAUGAUAUGUCCUAAACGUUAUCAGCCUCACACUCUGGAGACCCUGUUCCACUUGCUCAGGGACACCCUGAACGUCCCUGGACCAGCGUUUGGAUUGUACUGCGUCAAUCAUCUGCUGCUACCUAUGGUUCAGAACUGGCUGAGGAAGACGUCGAAGAUCUUCAGGGGCUGGGACAACUUCGCGCCCAACUUUAAACAGUGCUGCGGCCUUACGACCGAUUUGGUGGUUGAUUAUCUGACCCAUCUCCAAGGUCCGGAAGUAGUUCGAAACGAGGCCUAUCUACCAGCCACGACACUGAUGUUGAAGCAACUAUUACUAGUGAUGGCGGAAUGCGUGGUGCAGCCUACGGAGAGCAUAGCGCGUUUGGGCUGCGCCUGUAUCAGACACGUUCUCGUGAGCAGCGGUCCUGUUCUCACCCCGGAACAAUGGGAGGUGUGCGGUGUCGCUUGUUACCGUGCCUGUUCGAAUUCUCUGCAGGAGUUACACCAACUGACCAUGGCUUUCUCGCCGAGAUCGGAAUCGUUUUACGGUGACAUUGCUCAGGUGAAGGUUGCCGCGCGAAGGGACGCGACCCCCGAAGAGACCGAAAGACUACGUCAACUCGCCGCCCAGGUGUUCCUCUUGGAGGAACAGCGUACGGAGGAUCCAUCGAGAAGACCCGACGACAGGUCGUACGUUUUCCUUCUGUAUCCACCAUCGGUGGCUACCACCCUCAAUCCUGAUCUUUAUAUCGUUAGAGUACAACUGAGAGCACUGGUGGUUGGUCUUUUGGUUCACCAGAUGCUCCUUCAUUGCCUGGCCAGUAUCCUGUUACAGGGACCUGACUCAUCAUUUCCCAGUUUAUCCAACAUAAUCCCUCACUCAGCUGCAUCGACGUCGCCCAAGGCGUCCGUUUCCGGUUGCCUCUCUUACUUGACCCCUCGCCACGUGGACAUUUUCCUCUCGGGAUUAGACCUCUCCUACGCAGCUGCCUUGAAGUUCGACUGUCGACCAGGCUUGAAAUUCCUGGUCCAAAAGGUGACGAACCUCCAGCAGCCAGCCAACCUCUAUCGCCAGGCUGGGGCAGCAUGGACCAUCAAAAUGGUAACCCUCUUCGAGCUGUGUCUCCGGGAGAUAGAGAGUACCAAAGCAACCCUAGAAAUCGUGAAAUCGGUCCUAACAUCGAAUCCCGAAGAGAAGGGCUCCAAUCUUCGCAAACUCACGAAAUACCUUAGACAACUGAGGAACACGUUCGAGGAACUCUGCGAAAGUUACGUGGAGGUGGUAUUAGACGAAGAUGGUAAACACACUAGGGUGGAUAGUUUCUCGGAGAGGAAGAUCUUUCUAUUGGUAGCUCAGCCGGAUGAUUAUCCAGAGAUCACCAGCAAGGAGGUGAUUAACAAUAGAGUGUUAACGACAUCGCCUCCAGUGGAAGCAUCCACUGAGAAUCUCGAAAACCAGGUGGAUCAGGAUGACCAGGAGGACAUAGAACAUUACAGCCCGAAUUUGGACGACGAGAGUGGACUGGAGGAACUUGGUCCCGAGUGCGAGGACGACCCAAGACCCUUCAGACUGUCCGACCUGGCAGUGGAGUAUUCUACCGAUUCUGGGCCCCAGUCUGAACCAGAAACCGACGACUCCAGGCCAGCUUCCAGGUUGGGAUCCAUCACCGAGAAGAUUGUGUACCCUGAUAGAUCCGGAGGAACCUCCAGCGAAGGGUACAUCGAUGGGAAGUACAGUUUGACGACUCCUGCACCAGCAACAUUAAUAAACAACAGAGAUUGUUUGUAUUACAAACUGGGUCCUUUAAGAAGAACCGAGUCUGUUGACUCUAUUGGCACUUCCCUGAUGGACACCAAAGCUACCAACACUUGUCUGAUCUACGACGAAGUGUCCAGGUACCAGAGGCUGAGAUUGCAGAGAAGAAGAAGCGACGCUUGUCUCCUUUCUCGAAGAAGCGCCUCGAGAUUCGUCGAGCAGAACGAAUUCGACGAUCCUGAUAGAUUCGCCAGGUUCAAUUUGGAUACCUUCAGGUGUAGAUCGGUGAUCGAGCUGAGGAAGACCGGAGGAUCCACCGUGUCCAGUUCCUCGAACGAUCUCGAGAUGUCUCCUAGAAUAUCAUCGAAAAUUGAAAAGAAACAGGAGAUGAGCUCCUCGAAGGUUAUCGAUAAUAUCGAUGAAUUGUUGCGCGAUUACGAGCGUAGUAAAAGGGGAUUCAGAACGAAUCCGUUCUUGAGGGACGAAGGGGAGGUGUCUGGGGUUGAGACUGAAGAAUUGCCUGCUCACGAGCUCGCGUUUCAGAGGAGGACGAAUGUUUAUAAGGACAGCGAGGCGCACAGGAAGGCUUGGGCGGAGACACUGAGCACUAUGUUGGAUUGGACUCUCGCUUUACCGGACGAUCAACUGACCCCUCUACUUCCGGUCUUCGUAAGCGGCGUACGUGUCCUCACGAGACACGCGGUGGACCAGAUUCUGAAACAACGAUUGUCGGCCCUUUUUCACCGAAUUGCCGUGUUAUACGGUUUAACGAGCAAUUAGGAUCAGCUUCAAUACAUCUGGAAACAGAUGUAUUACCACAGCUGAUUCGAAACUUUCUUAGCUCCCUGAGAAUCUUAACGAUUGCGACGAUUUAUUCGACGACUGUUGUGUAUCUAUAAAAUUUCUGUCUUCGUGAUUGGAGAAGAUUUUAUAUGUGGAAAAAUCAUUGAUUUCAGUCGAUACUUUACCAAAGAAACUAGACUGAUCAGAGUCAAUCUAAAGAAGGGAAUUUGAAGAUCUAUCGAAUGAUUUUAAUUAAGAACGGAGGAAAUCUUUAUUACAGAAGAAUUUAAUUGAACAACAACGGUCAUGACGUUUAAGGACCAUUUCAAGUAACCAUUAUUGUUAUGAAUUUUAAACAAAGGAGAAGGAACGUCAUUAUGAAAUGAAUUUUAAUCGGAGAUGAGGAUUUUUCAGACGAAUACGAGUGACAAUAGUUUCAUUCUUGUUGGCAGCGAAAGAAACCGUGUCCCGUUUUCAGGGAACAAGCCUCGCCUACCUUUAGCAGACGCGUCGACACGAAGAGACAAGGAUUUUAUUUACGAUCCACGCUGCACGCACAUUUCUCGAUUCUCAUUUUAUGCUCUUUGCGCUUAACUGUAGUUUGCGGUCCAGUCCCAGCCUCGGAUGUGACGGGCUUUCGCUUCCAUCGUCGAAGAAACACGCGUUGCGAGUUUGAUAGAUUUCGCCAAGGGAAUAACAAUUUUUUUUUUUAAACAUGAAACUAGAGAAGGGUUGCGAAAAUAUUUCUUUUCUACCCUUUGAUUUUUAGAAUAAUUUUUCAUUAUUUGAGGACUCAAGGA